AUGGACGACGAGGAAUGGCUCGAUAUUGGUAUUCUUCCCUUUGUAGUCAUUUUUAACAUCUAUACUGAUCUUUCUUGGUGUCCAUCUGAUGAGCAAAAUUUGAGAGCUUGGAAGCAUGACUCGGAGACACCGAAUGCAUUGUUCAGUGCACCUACAAAGUCACCCAAGUCUCUUCUCUUCAUAUUGACCAUCAUUUUACCUAGCACAUUCUUGACAUCGGCACAGGACAAUGGAAUUGGUCCAUCAACCGUACGCGGCGUGGAUCUCUAUCCACCACCAAUAAUAUGGGUGCCACCAAAUUGUAUUCUAGAGGUGGACAAUAUCCUUGAAGAACGGACGUGGCGUGAACCCUUUGAUUUGAUCCAUCUCAGCAACAUGGUGGCAUCCUUUUCACCGCAAGAAUGGGACACCGUCUAUGAGCAAUGCGGCUGCUGGAUCGAGCAACUCGAAGGCGACGCUGUUGUCCGCUGCGAUGAUGACAGCUUCCAGAAGAUAAACCUUCGGUCCAAACCUUCUCAGCGCUACGUUAAAAUUCGGUCGUCCAGGCGAUACGCUAAAUACGAUGCGGGCAGCAAUCGAUAA